AUGAAGGGUAACUUCAAAACAUUGCUGCGGAGAUUUUGUUUGGAGGGUAGUGUUUUAGGUCUAAAAUAUUUCUAUUUGUAUCCAGACCCAGUGUCAAGAUGUUUCUGGGGGAUAACUUUGUUCCUGAGUACUCUAGGAGCUUGCCUACUGACAUACCUCCUGUACCAGCGCUUCAUGGAUAUGCCCACACACAUUACCAUCGAGAACCAGUACGAGCCGGUUUACAAUCUGCCGUACCCCGCCAUCACGCUCUGCUCGCCCAAUCAGAUAACUUUCAGCGCCGUAGAACAAUUUAAACACACGAUAGUUAAUGGAAAUUUAACUUCAAACUUCGAUGAACUUGCGGCACAAGCAUUAGGUUUCAAUGAAUUGCUACAAAAGAUCAAUUUUAAAAAUUUACAACAAUUUCAAGACAUUAUUACAAGCAACCGUUACUCCGUGGUAAACGUGAUUAGUUUGUUGUCGCAAAACUGCAGUACUUUCCUCAAGCGAUGCUUCUUCCGAAACAAGCAGUACCCUUGUGAGGAACUCUUUGAACCGGUGCUCACCAAACUGGGGGUUUGCUGCUCUUUCAACAGCAUAUAUAAGUUUACUAAUGACAAGAGAAAUGAAAAGAAACCAAAUUUUGUAGAACAUAAGGUGAAAAAGCAUGGCUAUUCGCAUGGACUUACGGUUAUCGCAGAUUACGAUCCGAAUAACGCUGUGGACGGCACUAUACAGCACGCUGGUGCGACUCGGGUUAUACUCACGGAUUGGUCAGAGUUCCCUUUGGAGGUAGAGUCGACACUAGCACAUCCUGGCGUUGAAGUGUUCCACAUAAUCUCUGCCACUUACACUUACUGCUCUACUGAAGUAGAAAAACUGCCAUUGGCAAGUCGAAAUUGCAUAUUCCGCGACGAAAAGGUCCUGCCUCAUUUCGGCGAGUAUCACAAUACUGACUGCGACCUGAAUUGUCUCAUCGACAAGGUGGAAUUUCAUUGCCAAUGCUUAUUCUUCUACGUGCCCAACGUCAGCCCGCAUCGAGUCUGCAACUUCUCUAAGAUUCCUUGCAUUGCGGAUGUUAAAUUUCAUAUGACUGAAGUGCCUGCAAUCUUGUCGUGUGGCUGCAUGAGGGACUGCGUGUCGCGCCGCUACUCUAUCGAGCAUUUUACCGGCAAUCUGCAAGCUGUCCAGCAUGUUGUUCAUGAUAGAUAUACUGGGAUAGUUUUCAACGAGAGCACGACUGUCAUGCACUUCUACUUUCCAAAGACCACAUUUGUGAGACAGAAACAGGAGACUGUCAUUUCUUUGAUCAAUUUCUUUUCUAACUUGGGCGGUGUGUUCGGUCUGUGUCUCGGAUUCAGCCACAUCAGUUUAUUUGAGAUUUGUUUCUAUAUUUAUAUUGGCAUAAAAAACUACAUCCAGAAGCGACGGACGACGAGACGACGCCGAAGGAUCGGAUACAGCAAUUAG